AUGGCAAAUAACAAUACUGUUUCAAAUAAUAUUACUACUGAAGACUACUCCACAUCUAUUUCACCAGUAUGGACAGUCCCAAUAGAUUCUACUUCAGCUUCGGAUAAAUCUGUGUUACCAUUUAACACAAAUCUAGAACUGCAAACUUACGAUACAUUUAUCAGUCAAUCUGCAUCUGACAUCGAUGAUCUCCCACCAAACUAUUUUGAUGUAUCAAUUGUGCCUAAUGGAGCUGUUUUAUUUCAUAAUGAUGUUACUCCAUAUACAGAAGCAUCCAAAGCAGAAAUAGAACGUAAUCGAAAAGGUGUACUUUCAUUUGAUCAACUUAUUGAUAAAAAUCCUGAUCAAUUAUGGCUUUAUUUCAUGACUUAUCUCAAUGAGAAACCGAAAUUAGAUGUCAAUAUUCAUGGUUAUUAUAUAGAGUAUUAUACAGAGAGGGAAAGUUAUCAAGACUCUAGAGGUAACCGGCAAACUCGUACUGAAAGAAAGUCUCGUAAUGUAACUGAGUUCAAUAUUUCCAUUGAUUUAUCACCUUACAUUUGUGAACAUUGGUGGCGUGUUGCUGUUAUUCCAUCGGCAAAGGCACAAAUGGCUGGUGAAGCCGUUACAUUGAGGGAUGCUCUUGAACAAUAUACACUUUCGAAUAAGAAAAUCAAAGAAAUAGUGUUGCAAAAGCAGCUACAUGGCUGGAAUCAAGAAGAAUUGAAAAAUAAACUUUUUGCAUUAGUUCGUUCAACUGGUUAUCAGAAUAAUAUUUCUGUCACUUAUCAUGCAUUGAAUUAUCAAAUUGUCGCUCGUUCAUCUUCAAAACUUAGUCGUUUUGCUAAUUCAACUGUGGCUCGUGUCUUGUGUUGUAUUUCCUGCUUAUGUCUUAUUUUUGGCCCUAUUUAUUAUUGCUUACGUAGCAUAGGUUCAACACGAGAUAAUAUUAUCGCCGAAUAUAUGACUAUGAAACCAGUUGAUACUUUUCUUCGACUUAAUGCUGAAAUGAUUAUUGAUGCAGUGAUUCAGCGUUCACAUAAAUAUUAUAUAGCACGUUUUGCAUAA